CACUCUCACACUCACACCGGGACGUUGCGCAGGCGCGGCCCCGCCGGCCAAGACGGCGCUCCCCGAUUGGCCCCGCGGCUGCCCGGCAACGGCGGCGGAGCGGGGAGCGGGGCCGUGCCGGGAGCCGGGCCGGGGGCCGGGGAGCCGGGCCGUGCUGGGGAGCGGGGCCGGGGAGCGGGGCCAUGUCGACGCGGACGCUGCCGCUGCUGUUCCUGAACCUGGGCGGGGAGAUGCUCUACAUCCUGGACCAGCGGCUGCGCGCCCAGAGCAUCCCCGGGGAGAAGGCGCGCAAAGAUGAAUGGACAGAUGUGGACAGGAAACGAGUUAUGAACGACAUCAUCAGCACCAUGUUCAACAAGAAGUUCAUGGAGGAGCUGUUCAAACCCCAGGAGCUGUACUCCAAGAAAGCCCUGCGCACCGUGUACGACCGCCUGGCUCACGCCUCCAUCAUGAGACUCAACCAGGCCAGCAUGGACAAGCUCUACGACCUCAUGACUAUGGCCUUCAAAUACCAAGUGCUGCUGUGCCCUCGGCCCAGGGACAUUCUGCUGGUCACCUUCAACCACCUGGAUGCCAUCAAGGAUUUCAUCUCCGACUCCCCUGGCAUCCUGAACCAGGUGGAUGAGACCUUCCGGCGGCUGAUCGAGACCUACAACUGUCUCUCUGAUGGUGAAUUCCAGCUCAUCAGGCAAACACUUCUCAUUUUCUUCCAGGACAUGCACAUCAGGGUCUCCAUCUUCCUGAAGGAUAAAGUGCAGAACUCCAACGGCCGCUUCGUGCUGCCCAUCUCAGGGCCUGUCCCGUGGGGCACAGAGGUGCCAGGGCUCAUCAGGAUAUUCAAUCACAAAGGAGUGGAAGUGAAAAGGGCUGAGUUCAGCACUGCUGGGAAUUAUGUUACUCCACAAAGGGAAGGAUCUUUUGAGCUUUAUGGAGACAGAGUCCUCAAACUUGGAACAAAUAUGUACAGCGUGACCCGGCCGGUGGAGACACACGUGUCAGGAUCAUCCAAAAACCUGGCAUCCCAGGCAAAGGAGAACAUAGCCCCCAACCCUCUUGCUAAAGAAGAGCUGAACUUUUUGGCCCGGCUGCUGGGAGGUUUGGACAUCCAGAAACCCGCUGGUGGCGAGUCGGGAUUUCGGCUGAACUUGUUCACCACUGACGAGGAGGAAGAACACGCUGCACAGACCAGACCAGAGGAGUUGUCCUACAAGGUUAUCAACAUAGAAGCCACACAGGAGCCGGGCCGGCGGGCGGAGCUGUCCCGCAUCCUGGGCGAGCUGGACGUGGCGGAGCCGCGCCCGGGCAGCGCCGAGAAGGGCGAGGACCUGCUGGCACUGAUGGACGGGCUCUGAGCGGGACACGGGGACAGCGGGACACGCGGACACCGGGACACGCGGAUAUUCGGACAAGCGGACACUGGGACA